AUGCCCAAAGAUGGCGAUUUCUUGCAACAGUUUCACCACUUGGCCAGUGUGGUGUCCUCAGCUUCGUUCCAUUGGGCCCUUCGCCUCUUCGGAGGACGGUCGUCCUCCGCUGAGGCGGACGACGAGCUGCGAUGCCGCGCGGCGCUGCUUGGCGAAGCGACGGGACCGCGAAGGGACCGCGAUGGGGCCGAAGGCGACGCCGUCGGUUGGCGUGGAGGUGGGCGGCAAAUCACCAUUACCCUGCAAAGUGGCAAAUUGGAAGCGCAGGAGCUCCCGUACUCGGUCACGCGCUUGGUGCGUGGAGUGCAAUCGUCCAGAGAGUUCUGCCGCCCUGGCUUCUCCCUGGCGAUCGCUGAGCUGUUGCAUGCGAUGCCCUCCCAAGCCUUGACGGUGCUGAAGGAGAUUGACAAGGCCACCGAGCUUCAGUCUGGCCUCAGGGCCAACGAGGCCAAGGACCGGCUCUUGGGGCGUUGCUUCGUGUACGGUGCCAUCCUUCAGGCUGGCUGCUUGCGCGUUGAGGAGAAGGCAGUUGCAGACAUCAUUGCCCGCCUGAGCAGGGGCCUUUGGCAGAUCUACAGCGCCAGGUCUUACCUGAACGCCUGCAGCAUGUGCUUGUUGAAGGAUGCUUGUGAAGAGCUUUGCCAGGCCAACCGCCAUGAGCGGGUCGCCGAGAUCAUCUCGCAGUGGAAACUGGAUGACAAGGUGGACGACUCAGGCAAGGGCCUGAACCUGUUGGAUCCCCAUGCGCUGGGGCUCAUCCUGAAGCUCCGGGUCUGUUACGAGGAGGCGGAGAAGAAGCCCUCGUCAUGGCCCAGCUGUGUACGGAAGGACGUGUUCCGCAACCAUGCGCCGGCAGUGGCACGGAAGGUGGGCCAGACCUUGGCCUCCUGUCCCGUGACCGACGUCGUGCCCACCGUGUUGGAGGAUUUCUGCCGCUGGUGGGCGCGGCGGCAUCAAGGACGGGAUGCCAAGAGCUUGGAGGAGAUUUGGCCGGCCUUCGAGGAGGCCCUUGUCACGAUGCGAAACACCGUGCGCUGCAGUGGAAUGAUCCAAAUGGAGAACCGUGACCAGGCCAUGUUAGGUCGCAGCGGCCGACGGAGCCUGCCGGUGCUGAAGGGCCGCGGCAUCGAAGCGGCGCCCGAGCCGUCGAGGGAUGCGCUGCCACAAGGUUGGAUCCGCGUGGAGUCGCGCUCUAAGCCGGGCACCUUCUACUAUGCGCACCCGGCCACGAAGCGCACCCAGAUGGAGCGUCCGGUGGACCCCCACCGCGCGCGGUCCACUGGAGCCAGUGGAGCUGCACCGGUGGAGAAGCCGAAGGCGGAGCCGGUGGAGGAGGUGGAGGACGUGGAGACGGCGGAGGAGAAGCGGAAGCGAGAGGAGGCACGGAAGGCAGAAGAGAAGGCUAGAGAAGAGGAGGAAGAGAGGGAAAGGCAAGAAGUGUUAAUGAGAGCGCGGCAGAGAAGAGCCCAGGAAAGGUUGGAGGAAGAGAAACGUCGCAAAGAAGAGGAGGAGCAGGAAGAAGAGGAACGGCAGAAGUUAGCUGAAAGAAGAAGAGAGAAGAAACAGAAGCAGGAAGAGGAGAAGAGAGAGUCAGAGAGGCUUCAAAAGGAGGCCGAGGAAAAACGGCACAAGGAGAUGGAGGAGCUUAACAAAGCCUUGGAUCAAGCGACUCCAACGAUUCCAGUUUCAGUGGGCCGACGCAGUGAUGGUACUAGGCACAGUGGGGCCAAAUGGAAGAAAGAAGCCUCAGACGAGGAGGAAGAGGUCACGCAAGAAGACCUGGAGAAAUGGAAAGAAGAUGAGGAGAGAAGGGAGCGUGAAGAGGUGGAAGCCAAGCGCAGGAAGAUUGAAGAGGAGGAACGUCGAAAGCGCGAAGCGGAGUUGGCCGAACAGCGAAAGAAGGCGGAGUUCGCGGCGGCGGUGGAGCGUGCGCGGCAGAUGAAGAUCGAAUCGGACCGGCAGAAGCAGGAGGAACUUCGAAAGGAGACCAAAGAGGCUCGAAAAUCCUCCAGCUCCUCCCCUUCGCCACCACGUGUGCGGGACCCGCAGCAGCCAGCGCAGCCAGGGCAGCCGGCGGGGCAGCCGGCGGGGCAGCCGGGGCAGCCGGGGCAGCCGGCGGGGCAGCCGGGGCAGCCUGCGCCCAUGGCUCCUGUGGUGUUUGCGCCACCGGCAGCACCGGUGGAGGCUCCAAGUUUGCAGCAAGCCUUUCUAAUGCCACCAAAGGUGGUGCCUCCUCCUCCACCGCCCAAGCCAGCACCAACCCCUCCCACCUUGGCCAACCUCUUGAGCGGUGCAGUGGCAAAGCCAGACUUUGGCUCACUGCUGAAGAACCCAAAGCCACCCGAAGCUGCCGCUAAUGCGCCAUCCAAUGGUCAGGAUACAGGCCCACAGACUGGCACCAUUCUCUGGUACAAUGGGCGCCGAAAAUGUGGCCUUUUGUUGGCAGACCGAGAUCAGCGACAGCUGAGCAUCAGUGGCCUAGCAGUGAAUACCGGACAUCUGGCACCACCGGUCCCGGCGGGGUUGAUGCAUGGAACCCGGGUCAGCUACCUCCUAGACCUGGCCCGGCCCGGUUCCGCCGGCUCCCCGGCCAACGUGCGGCCCCUGCCGCAUCAAAGUGGGCUCAGCUGUGGCGGGGAUAGCCAGAUGGGGCCGCGCCUCGCCAACGAGGACCGGACCAUCGCCACAGACUUGCAGGACAGUCUGGGCCAUAUGGUCGGCAUCUUCGACGGUCACCGUGGCACCUUCUGUGCAGAUUACCUGUCACAAGAAGUGCCGAAGAUGAUCGUGCAAGGUGUCCGCGAAGCCUUUUCGCAGCGUUUGAAGGGGGCAUCACUGGACAUGUUAAGCGCAGCUGAAGAGGCGGAGGUGAUCAAGUUGGGGAUCAUCAGAGGUCUGGAAAUGACGGAUCAGAAUUUCUUGAACCUGGCGCAGCAAUACGGCUUCAAAGACGGUGCAUCUGCGCUGAUUGCGGUCGUGAUGCACGGCUUCCAGGAGCCCCAUGGCCGCACGGUGCCCACAGCACCUGGAGGUCAGGCCAAACUCUUCGCAGCCUGGUCGGGCACUGGGCACAUGCUCCUCUUGCGGGGGCGGCAAGUCCUGCGGUGUACCGAGGACCACGUGUGCGACCGAGCAGAGGAGCGACAUCGCUUGUCAACCGCUGGAGGUCAACUGGUGCAGGACCUGCGGGGCGUUUGGUGGCUGGGUCGCCCCGGCAAUCCCGAGCUCACCUGGGCACGGCAGCAAUGCUAUGAGGAUGUGGCUGGGCCAAAGAACUUCCUGGCUGCUUCAAGGGGCUUUGGGGAUCUUCUGCUGAAAGGCCCACCGUAUCCAGUCUUCUCAGCCAGCCCAGAGGUUCAGGUCAUCGACUUGCUGCCCGAGGACUGGGCCGUCGUGGUGGCCACGCGCGGCGUCUUCGCAGUCUUGAGUGAUCAGGAUGUGGCCAAUGCCUGCUGGGAUGUCAUGGCGCAGCAGGGCGCCGGGCCGCAGGAAGCUGCCCAAACGGUGACCCAACGCGCGCUGCAGAUGCUGAGCUUGAAGGGCAGAUGA